CAGAUCUCCUUGCCUUCCACCACCAAGAAGAUGAGAUUAUUCCUACUCCAACUACAUCCCUGUCGACGACUGCCACGACAGUUGCUCCUCCAUGGGCGCCAAUGGAGCACUUGUGGUGGUGGACAAAGACUCUUUUUUGCCAGCGCCAGUCCAGCAGCAAUCCAUUGGUCCUUUCCCACACCCCCACCGCCCCCCACCGCUUCUGAAUUGCAGGACCAAGGCAUUCCAAUAUUGCACCAGGCGGCCAAGGUAGCAUCCGCGGACAAAACUAGAAUUCUUCUCAGCGAAUGGAAACACGAACAAGAUGGCACUGUGGAAACGGUCAGUUACAGUCAGGUUCUUGCCAAAUCGAGCCUGUUUGCACGGUAUAUACUUCAGCAACAACAGCAAGAACAGCAGCGGAAGCUAGUGGCUCACUUGAAUGUUCCGGGGUGGGAGUACGUGGCGACGCAGUGGGGAGCCUGGGCCGCUGGCUAUGGAUCGGUUCCAUUGGCAUUGUCUCAGACAGCCCCCGAAAUGGAACAUGUAUUGACCCAAGCCAAUCCACAAUUCAUUGUCCUGGGAGGAAACUGUCGCUUGAGCGGCAGUAACACUACCGGUAAAUCCAUCCAGCAUCCAACCAGGCAACCACCCAAUGCCAAGGCGCUACUGCAAGCUGCCGAAAACCUUGGAAUGACGGACCGAGUAGUGCCGUUUGAAACUGUUGUUUCGCAGAAACCUGACGUAUCUGAAAAGGACUGGAUGCUAGGAAAUGGUGGCGUACUACAAUCGUUGGAUGAACCAGCCUUGGUGCUCUUUACAUCCGGUACCACAGGAAAACCCAAGGCAGCCGUCAUUACCCAUCGGAACAUUUAUCAUCAAGUAACCGAUUUGGUGGCGGCAUGGGAAUGGCAAUCGUCGGAUGUGGCAUUGCAUUUACUGCCGUUGCAUCAUGUCCAUGGAGUCAUCAAUCUACUUUCCUGUGCGGCUUUUGUUGGAGCAAGAUUGGAAUUUCAACCGUUUGAUGCCACUGCACUUUGGAAUCAGUGGGCUCAGCCAUCAUCAUCGUCCGUGUCUUUGCCCCCCACCAACAUUCUCAUGGCAGUUCCUACCAUUUAUGCCAAGCUACUAGAAGCAGCCGAUACUCUACCACAGGAAACGGUCCAAAAGGCCGUCGACAACACGUUGAGUUCCAUGCGAUUGCAAGUGUCGGGGUCGGCUGCCUUGCCCGUAUCCGUGUUGGAACGAUGGAGGAACUUGACUGGUCAGACACUGUUGGAGCGAUAUGGAAUGACGGAAUUUGCAAUGGCGCUUUCCAAUCCGUAUCGAGAAGACAACACGGUACAACAGCGUCGACCGGGGUAUGUUGGCCGACCACUCCCGUCGGUGCAAGUGCGUUUGGUGGAUACGGACACUCAAGAGGUUAUCGAAACGGAAGGAGUGAGCGGAGAGCUUCAGGUCAAAGGACCUACCGUGUUUCAGGAGUAUCUGAACCGAGAGGACGCGACCAGGGAGGCAUUCACAAAGGACGGCUAUUUCGCCACGGGUGAUAUUGCACAGUUUGAUGGUGGAGAGAUUCAGUCCUACAGAAUCCUAGGACGAGCAUCGGUGGAUAUAAUCAAAUCCGGUGGUCACAAACUGUCGGCGUUGGAAAUUGAACGAGAACUACUCGAGCACCCGGACAUUGCCGAAGUGGCCAUUCUGGGGAUCCCCGACGAUGUAUGGGGAGAACGCGUAGCCAUGGUUUGUCGCUUGAAAAAAGCGGAUAGUGAACCACUGACGCUAGAGGGAUUGCGGGAGUUUUGUGGGCCUCGCUUGUCCAAGUACAAAGUGCCGUCGCGACUGCAGGUGGUUUCCGAUAUUCCCAAAAACGCAAUGGGGAAGAUCAAUAAGAAGGGGCUGGUCAAACUGUUUGAUUGAUGAUGAUGCAUAGAACGAUAGAACAGCACGUCAAUCUACAAAUUUGCAUGACAUUUGCAACGCCAUUGUCACGGGUUGCACUUGGGGUACACUGGCGAAGGUUACCGCAAGCUUCGAGUUGACCAACUUGAAGCUUCAGAUUCCAUCGCCAUGAGAUGCGGUGAAAUUCUGCACACCAUGCGGAACUUAGGCCAUGAACCACGCUUCCUUCGAGAGGCUCAAAGACCAUUCUAUCUAUCUAGCUACUAGUCCCCUACUAGAGUGCAAGGGUUGGGAUACUCUUGGCGGGAAUACGACCGCUCCGUUACGCGAUAGAUGCAUGGUACUCUCGCAUUGCCCGUCUUGGGGCAACUUCAAUAGUUUCUCUGUGGGUGCGUCCAGAUGCUUUAUCGACUUUCAUCGUGGUGUAGACUUCCGUUCAAAGUACGCGUUGGCUAUUAGAGAGAGAUGCAUAUUCUUUGCUCUGAGACGAUAUCAUGAGGCAAUAGGACCAUGUUCGAUGGAAUGGUGGAAGCUGCUUCCACAGUACCGGUACCGUAGUAACUGUGCAGUAACAUCAUAAUAAUAUCUUGAUUGGCAAGUUCGACCAUUCCUGCCUUCGGCUUCUUUGGGUAUGCCUGCUGAAUACAUUACGGCACCUUAAGCCUACCUGGUACGCCGGAGGGGAAGUUUGGAGGCUAUUCAAAACCUUACAGGAAGGCUCGGUCUAAUCAAAUUUUGGCUGUUUGUGCGAAGGCUUUUUCAACCCAGCUACGAUAGCUGCUACGAUCCGAUUAUCCGACGGUGGCUCAUCCUUUAUUUCAAAAGAUCCAACAUGCAUACAGCGUAUUACAGCGUCAGCACCAGCACAUCAAACAGAAGGCAAAUACAGAAUGUUAAAUCCAACUCUUGCGAGGACUGACGAAGUGGGAGAUUUUGUGUGGCACCAAUUCUUUGCUGGGAGAGGUGGUGGCAGUAGCUAGCCAUUCACUUCAACCUGGCAAUGGCCACCUUAGAAUUGCCGUGGCAACUUCCUCUACUUACAGCUAUUGAGAGUGACCACCAACGAACGCAUCUGAAGAAGCAGCGACACUCCAUCUAAAUCAUUUCGUUGUUGGGGGUGUUGAAGCAACUGUUGAAGAGGAACGCUGUCUGGUGCCGAUGGCGCCAAUAUCAGCGAGACGCUUGGUUGUUUCUAUUUCUUUUGAUGUAUCUUCUUCGUUUGAGCGACUCAGAGGUGUGAGCCACAAAUAAUUAUUUUAGAUGGGUUAGCAGAUGGGUUGAUGCUUGAUACGACCGGUCGACAGGUAGCUAGCAACGGUACCGUACCAGUACGGUACUGUAGCUCUAAAUCAUUUACUCGAGUAUUUGCCUGGGGCAGUCAUUAAGAACGGUCAGCGUUCUUUCAAGGAAUGCCAGUUCACUUGCCAGUACAAAAUUUUUCAUCUUCUUUCCUAAACCCUUGUUGACCUAUCUCAGAGCCAAGGAACUCCAGUUUAUUAGGACCAAGGAAGCUAAGAUUUAAAGUCUUGCUACAUUUUGCACUGACGUGGCCUCCCUGGGUUGUCCACUUCCUGCAGGUCAUCUCCUUGAAGAUGACCCGUGAGAAACCAUACCCAGUUUUGUUUCAUACACUGUUUCAAGUUUCAAGACUUUUAAACUUGCUGGGUACGUACGUACGUACCUCGCACCCUGGCA